CCGAAGAACUCGGGUCCGACCACCACGAGUUACGCUGCCGCCUGGACGACAUACAGCAUACCGUAGACGACCUACGGGACAACGGCAACUCUCGCUCGUCCCAUCGACACACUACCUCGCACACGGGUGAUGCGGCCGACGUAUCAGCCACGAACCCCGCGACUGCGCGAGAUACAGGGAGGCGCCGGGAUGUCUCUGUUGUCAGACAUCUGCGUCAACCUCCCAACACGGCCCACGAUGGCCCAGGAGAUCAGCGCAUGCAUGUCCGAGUUGCGUGAUGACUUGACAGAAGCAGUUGCACUGGUACCACAGACGCUGCGGACGCCGCACGUCUCGUUCGCAUCGCCUCUUACUGCCGACUCACCACUAUCCGCGCACACCCCGACUUACCAACAGCCACCCCACUUCCAGCAGUCUCGCCCACAACAGCCGCCGCCGCCUCCAUCACCGCCACUUCCACAACCGACACGGCACGGGCCAUCGGCACCGUUCCCGUCCUCGAUCUCUGGCGCGUUAGCCGGUGGUAUACCACUAGCAGCUCAUGUACCGACAUCAGGAAUGCAUACUACACCUCAGUCAAUACCCUCGGGGUUUGAACCCUACUCGUAUGCACCCACAGCACCGUACACAGCGUUAUCAGGUGCGAGUAGCUCGCACACUGAGAAAAAUAAGCUGAAACAUAGUGAUCUGCCGAAAUUUUUCGGAAACGACGGCGACGACGUAGAUGACUGGAUUAGUCAGAUCUCUAACAUUGUACGAUACACCGGCGUAGAGGACACCGUGAUUCUGCGUUGUCUGCCUCUCAUACUACGCGGUCCAGCGUUCAAGUGGUUCAAUACCCUGUCACAACCCGACUUGGCGAACCUGAUGAAUUGGACGGACUGCUCCGCAUGCGCCGGUGGCAUAAGGGCGAAACAUUUUCACAAUACUUUACUGACCGGCGGAAAUUGCAGAAUGCCGUUCUAGGGGAAUCUGCAAGCUCCCAGACUCUGAUCAGCGACCUCCUGCUCGGCAUACCGGCGAGUAUGCACGCACUAAUCAAAGCAGGCACGGGGUACAACGCUAACCCGACGAUUGCUCUGGCCGAUUUCAAACGCUAUGCCAAUGGCUCGGCCUCUUCAGGUCCUUGGAGACCAAGGAACCAG